CUCGCUGUUAUAGCGACGCCAAACCUCCUGCGUAAAGAGCGGGGAGUUGGGCUGGGAUGAAUGGUGGUGGAGCGGCUGUUGCAGGAUACGUGAGGACCUCUUCUUCCUCACUGUCGCCAUGGGAUCUUGGCAGUCUGUGAGGCCUGACUCUUCCUCCCCUAUGUGGCAGGAAGAAAAUGAGGAUGAUUUUCUGGACAGCAGGGAUCUGGAAGAAGACAUUGCCAAAUUCCCUUAUGUGGAAUUCACUGGUCCGGACAGUGUCACCUGCCCCACCUGCCAGGGCAUUGGCUACGUCCCUACAGAACAAGUUAAUGAACUGGUGGCUCUAAUACCGUAUCAUGACCAGAGAUUAAAACCUCGGAGGACGAAAUGCUAUGUCUUGGUGUCGGUGUUGCUUUGCCUCCUGGCUUCAGGGCUGGUGGUCUUCUUUCUCUUCCCCCAUUCAGUCCUUGUGGAGGAUAAUGGCAUCAAAGUGGUCAGAGUGUGGUUUGACCGAAAGAACUCCCUCGUUAUCCUCGCCAUCACGGCCACCUUCCGUAUCAAAAACUCCAAUUUCUACUCUGUGGCAGUUACCCGCUUGACCAGUCAAGUGCAGUACAUGAAUUCUGUGGUUGGAACACACCAGAUGAAUAACGUCACCAGGAUCCAGCCGCUGAGUGACAAACUGGUGAAUUUCACAGUGAAAUCCAAAAUGGGUGGACCUUCCUUCUACGCAUACUACUUUUGUACGUUAUCCGGAAUCAGAGUGCACAACAUUGUGAUUUUCAUGAGGACUUCAGUGAAGAUCUCGUACAUCGCCCAUGUUACUCAGAGUUCCUUGGAGACGCAUCAUUACGUCGACUGUGGUGCGAAUUCCACGACUGCUCAAGGACCGCCUCAGCCACCAACUCCAGGAGAAGUUGCCCAAAGAAAAAGCAGUGGGAGGAAGCUGAGAGUACUUCACUGACCGUAUAAUGGUGCUGUAGCUUCAUUGAGAGGAAAAAUUGCAGCAGCCCUUGGCUGAAUGGGAUGUAUUGCUGUGCAAAUGCAUUGCACUUCCCCUGCCCAGAUGGUUGUGAGACCAUGCCUCUUCCCUGUUGGAACCAUUCUGCUAGGCGUCUCUCCUGAUCUCCUCAACUCACUAAGUUUUCUAGAUUGUUACUGGGUUCUUGGUUGGUUGUCUUAACUUUUGAGAAACCAAGAAAGUGUAUCUGUAUCUGCUUUACCCUUUAUCUCAGAAGUAAUCUAACUUCAGAGGAAACCGUUACCAACUUCUCUCUUGCCAAAUAUCCUUAUCUGGAAGGAGAGGGAAUCUCGAGCCUAACUCGUGAGUCCUGGUUUUAUCACCUUUGACAGUAAAGAAUAACAAAAGAGUAGUUAAUUGGGACUAUCUUUAAAGCAGGCCCGAUAGAAACAAAUGAAUUUUGCAAUGGGACAACACUUAUUGUGCUGGGGGGAGGGUUGGGAAUUCUUAUCAACUGAACGGAGAUCUUCAUAAGAAGGCUUUCUAAGAUCGCUUUAACUUUUUCCCAUGGUAUGUUGAGUUCCUUCUAAAUCCAGGGUUCGCUAUUGAUCUCGAGUCUUCCUCUUUCUGUCAUUUGCUUUUGGUUCUUUAGGAACAAGAGCCAAAGAAGGAAGAGUCUUCUUGGUACCAGGGAAACUUACGAACAAUUUUAGUUUUGUAUCCAUUGGCUUUGAUCCCACCAAAAGUACUGAUUUUCUUGCCGCUUCCUGUUGCAUCACACUGCUAAAUAUCCCCUGAAAUGCUGCUCCCAGUGUACGAGGGACUCCCAAGAACAAGAUUGGGGAGGGGGGCAGUUUGGAGAUCUGCAGGAUGGAGAAUUGGUAAAUUCUCUCUCUUUUGUCAGCAGAAGUGUUAUUCAGGAUAAUGUCCCCUGAAUUUCCAAGCUGGAAAACCUUGUACCGGUUCAGUUGGCAAGCAUUUUUUUUAAAAAGUAGGAUGGGAAGAGACUUUUCAGUAAAGAAAGUUACGUAUUUUCUAUGAGUCACUGUAUAAAUUGAUUUCCUUUCUCUCUUGGCUGCUGCUGGGCUAAUUUCAUACACAGCCUAUAGCAGGAUCCUCAAGGAGGCAGUAGUUGACACUGCAUUUUGUAGAUGUACAUUUAAAUGACUGUUCGAUUCCUGCAAUAAAGGGCUG